AUCUUUCCAUCUUUGAAGUUGCCCUCAACCACUGCAAUAAACUCUGUUACUUGCAACCUUGCUUUGCCAACUUAACCUUUUACUCGUCGGCAUUCCUUCUACACUCCAGCUUUAGCCCCAUCCUUUCAGCACAGUCUCUGGAGCUUGGCACCUUCCCUUUAGCACCAGUCGGGCCCGAUAAGACCUCACUCCACCGGUUCGGCAACAUCCCCUCUCGCAUCUUUCGACAAUAGCUACCAGCACCGUAUCUCUCGCUGAAUCAUCUGUUUACUCUCACCUUGUUCCCUCAAAGCAUCAGUGACCCACCUCCAAUAUAGGUCUGCUCUCCUGGUUCUUCAACGGAGCCAGGCGAAAAGGGCAGACUUGAAAUCUUCGAUCUGGCAAACCGCCUCCCUUCGUAUACGCCCUCCUCCGCGGCCCCCGACCACCCGACCCUCCCCUACUCCUCCGAGCCGACGUCCUCUCGCUCAAGCGCCGAUCCCUCCGUGGAUAGCACCCCUUCGUCACCAUAUCGAGAGUCCGCACAUAGUCGCAGUCGUCCGGGCGCCGCCGAGUAUAUAUCCUCUUCUUAUAGCCGUCGCCGCCGCCGCAGUCCGUCAAAUACCCCCGAAUCCCUACCCCAAGAAACCACCAGUCGUCCGGGAGGUCACACGGCGACAGGCGAGGCUAGUUUCCAGCAGCAAAACACCAGCGAGCCCCGUGCUCCGUCAGAGGGCUAUCCUUCAUUUUCCAAGCGCAGGCGCCUGGCAAAUAUGCGACCAGAUGGAGUUUCGAGUCCGAACAACUUUUCACAACUGCCGAAGAGCUCGGCGGCUUCGUCUUCUCAGAAGGCUGCCGUCUCCCGAGCUCUGAACGGACAGUCAACGCAUCCUAGCUCGAAUGGUGAAAUGAAGGUGGGCAGGUUACAAAAAGCUCCGGCAAAAACAACUUCAUACUUUGGGCAUGAUCGUGAGGAAGUAACUCGAAUACUCAUCCAAAGUCUAUACGAACUUGGCUAUAGUGGCUCAGCAGAACUAUUAAGCAAGGAAAGCGGUUACCAACUGGAAAGCCCCGCAGUAGCUAUCUUCAGGAAUGCGGUACUAGGGGGACGUUGGGCCGAGGCGGAACGCAUACUGGUACAGUCGUUUCAACAAUAUGGAAAUGGACACAUUGAAGAUGAAACGGCAAGCAAGGAGCGGUUGGCGUUGGUAGAGAAUGCCGACCGGAACGAGAUGCUUUUCUAUCUGCGGCAGCAAAAGUUCCUUGAAUUGUUGGAUACUCGAGAUCUCGGGGCUGCUUUGAUGGUUCUCCGCCAUGAACUGACACCCUUGAACUUUGAUAUUGGGCGCUUACACGCUCUGUCAAGUCUCCUGAUGUGCCCACCGGAGCACCUUCACGACCAAGCCGGUUGGGACGGUUCUAUUGGCUCAUCCCGAGAGCGUCUGCUUUCCGAGUUGUCCAAAUCGAUUUCACCCUCUGUCAUGAUUCCAGAUAAUCGAUUAGCUACGCUACUAGACCACGUCAAACAAAAUCAGAUCAACCAGUGCUUAUAUCAUAAUACCGCGCUGCCUCCAUCCCUUUACUCCGACCACAUGUGCGACCGGAACGAUUUCCCUCUGAGCACCAGACUGGAGCUGACCCAGCAUUCUGAUGAGGUCUGGCAUUGUCAGUUUUCUCACGAUGGCACGAAAUUAGUUACGGCGGGCCGCGACAACAGUGUGAUUAUUUACGAUACCAGCACAUUCGAAGUUAUCCAUAAACUUCAAGAUCAUGAAGCCGGGGUUGCUCAUGCUGUUUGGAGCCCGGACGAUUCCAAACUGAUUACUUGCUCACAGGAUAGAACAGCUCGUGUCUGGAGCACUGAGACCGGACGCUGCCUCUUGACCAUUAAUCACCACCGACAACCAGUAACAGCUGCCGUCUGGGCUCCCAACGGAGAGUCGUUCGUAACAGCCUCUCUCGACCUAACAUCUCAACUGUGUCACUGGAGCGUUCGUGGCCAGCCCCUGCAUAUGUGGCCCUCAGGUUUCCGUGUUCAAGACUGCGCCAUCACUCCAGACGGUCGAAGGCUGAUUGCUGUGGAUGUGGAGAAGAAAAUCCGAGUUUUCAACUUCGUCACGCACGAGGAGGAGUAUAUCCUUCCACUCAAGAGCAAGGCAACUUCAAUUGUCGUCAGCAAAGACUCACGUCACAUGCUUGUAAACCUGACUGAAUGCCAAAUUCAACUUAUCGACAUCGAGACUACCGAAGUAAUUCGCCGCUUUCAAGGCCAAAAACAAAGCACGUUUAUCAUUCGAAGUGCCUUUGGAGGCGCAGCAGAGAAUUUUGUCGUCAGUGGUAGUGAAGACUCUCGGAUUUAUGUAUGGCAUAAAGAGAACGGAACGCUUGUCGAGACCCUGGAGGGACAUUUGUCCGGCUGUGUGAACGCGAUUUCGUGGAAUCCUGCUGACCCCGGCAUGUUUGCCUCUGCAGGCGAUGACUGCUUAGUCAAGAUUUGGGGCCGAGCUAGCGAUGCGCAUCCGAAUAGCACGCCAAACAAGCGACGAGCGAUCACAGGCAAUGGUUACGCCCGGACGAGUGCUUUGCGGUCCACCUCGAGCUUUUAGAUUGCACUUUCCCCUCGAACGCCUUGCCUAGCAUUGCACCCCUUUCCUUCCACUUCUCCGCCAAUCCUCCAUCUAUUUGAACGCUGCAUAUAUGCAUUCUCUCAGGUUUUUCAUGAUCCAGUCGAUACAGGUCGCAGGCGCCCACCUUUUGGUUUCACAAAUUGUCCUAUACUUUGCAUUCGUCAAGGGGCGUUGAAUCUCCCACUUGAGCAUUUCCAUCUCAUGGGUGCUGCAUAUCAAUAUAUUCUUGUUCAUUCAAUAUACGGACUGUCUGCUAUUUACUAUGUCCAGGUUUUUGGUGGUCCAACUACUUAUUCUUAAGGGAGUGCGUUGGGUGUAGUGGGAUUUUGGGUCGCCAUUCUUUUGUCUUGUUUAGUUUUCUCUUGUGUUGUUUCUGCACCUAGCUCUUAGCACAUCAUAGUUUACUAGACUCAGCCCGGCGAGGCAGGUUGGGUACCUAUAGGAAUGGUAAACCCGCUCAAGCAGUAGUUGCAUAUACGGACUCCAAAUGAUGCGGAAAGAGACGACUCAAUUAAAUAGUUGCGAAAAUAUGCCAAACUGUAGCAUCGAUUCAUUGCUAAGAUAAAAGAAGAUAUGGUAUAUAGAAAGUGGUAGAAGAAGCCCCAUCGACCCUUUUAACUGUCACACAAGAGCAUUGAGAUAUCAUUUGUUGAUUUAGAUAGUGUUGAUAACUUCAGUCCGUAGAGUAGAGCGUCAGCAAUGCAAUCCAGCCUCCGAACAGGGCACAGGUAAACGAGCCUGGAACAUACCAAUUUAAGAAAUUUCCCAUUUCCUCCACUCUGCCUUUUGUGGUUCCCUGUCCCCGAAGAGUGCCAAACACCCAAGUGGCUUUUACAUAUUCGUGGCAAUGACUGUAAAUUGCAGGGUGCUCUGAAAGACUGUAUGGGGCGCAUUAGUGGCUAUGGCGCGAGAAUAAGAGAUGCGCCGUGAUGUGGAUCGACUCGUAAGAUAGCAGGCGAGAAAGCUUAAGAAAGUAGAUCGGCAACUGGAGAAUUGUCAGUGCAUACGCCGUGGUACGAGGAAUAAAGGCGAUCUCACCAUUCAUUGGCAUCUCGUCAAUCUGUGUUGAGUAGUACAGUUCGAUAUCACGCAGAAUGCGCACAUCGUCGCUCGUGACAAAGUUAAUGGCGACACCCUUUCGCCCAAAUCGACCGCUACGACCGAUACGGUGGAUGUAGUUCUCACGAUUGGUAGGAAGGUCGUAGUUGAUAACGAGGGAGACUUGUUGAACGUCAAUACCACGGGCCCAGACGUCGGUAGAGAUCAGCACUCGAGAGUUGCCCUGUCGGAAAUCCUGCAUAAUGCUGUCACGUUCUUUUUGUGGCAUCUCUCCGUGCAUGCUGGAGACUGUGAAGUUUGCUUCGCGCAUCUUGUCGGUGAGCCAGUCGACCUUUCGGCGGGUGUUGCAGAAGAUGACGGCUUGUGUGAUAGUAAGAGUAUCGUAGAGAUCGCAGAGGGUGUCAAACUUCCAUUCUUCCUUUUCAACGGCGAUGAAGUAUUGCUUGAUGCCUUCCAGUGUCAAUUCGUCACGCUUGACGAGAACGCGCACGGGAUCCGUCAUGAAUUUGGUAGUCAUGUCGAGCACAUCGUACGGGAGGGUGGCGGAAACGACAACCACCUGGGUAGCCGGAGGAAGGUAGCGGUAAACGUCGUAAAUCUGUUCGCGGAAACCACGGUUGAGGAGUUCGUCUGCUUCAUCAAGGACAAGCAUCUUGAUGUGCCGAGUGCGCAGGUGGCGUCUCCGAAUCAUAUCUGCGACACGACCAGGAGUUCCAGAAACCACAUGUUGACCGUAGUCAAGCUUUCUGAUAUCCUCUCCAAUGUUUGUGCCUCCAAUGCAAGCAUGGCAUUGAACGUUCAUAUAGUCGCCGAGGGCCAUAAUGACGGACUGGAUCUGGGUCGCAAGUUCGCGUGUGGGGGAGAGGACGAGAG